CACCAAUUAUACAACGCGAUGAAGAAAGACACAAAGACAACUCUAUUUGUUGGUGGACUUGACCAAGACGUGACAGAAGCUAUUCUUCAUGCUGCAUUUAUUCCAUUUGGUGACAUUGUGUCAGUACAAUUGACCCCCGAUGGUGGAUCACACAAUCAGCACAAAGGAUUUGGCUUUGUAGAAUAUGAAUUAACAGAGGAUGCAGCUGCAGCUGUAGAUAAUAUGCAUUUGGCUGAACUGAAUGGCAGAGUGAUAAAGGUUAACAUUGCCAAACCACAAAAAAUGACAACAGCUUCCAACCGUGCUGUUUGGAGUGAUGAUGCUUGGCUGCAACAAAACACACUUGCCGACGCACCUAAGGCAGAUAAAGAAGCAGAUAGUACUAAGAAGGAAGAUGACGAGGAUGAGGAUGAGGAUGAUGAAGAGACUGGCGAAAAUACACAUGUGACAAGAGGACCUCGGGGAAAAUCCACUGUGUUUAUGGACAUCAGUAUUGGUGGUUCUCCUGUUGGUCGUAUCUUGAUUGAACUUCGCGGUGAUAUUGUGCCAAAGACUGCAGAGAACUUCCGGACGCUGUGUACAGGUGAAGCGGGCUUUGGCUACCGAGGCUCAACAUUUCACAGAAUCAUUCCCCAGUUUAUGUGCCAAGGAGGUGAUUUCACAAAUAACGAUGGUACUGGUGGUAAAUCAAUCUAUGGUGCCAAGUUUCCUGACGAGAAUUUUACUCUAAGACACACUGGACCAGGUGUUUUGUCUAUGGCUAAUUCGGGGCCUAAUACUAAUGGAUCGCAGUUCUUUAUUUGUACAGCAAAGACAGAAUGGCUGGAUGACAAGCAUGUUGUUUUUGGACGUGUUAUUGCGGGUAUGGAUGUAGUGCGCCGUAUGGAGAAGAUUGGUUCCUCGGCUGGCAAGUUAUCAUCGCGUGUGACGAUUACAGACUGCGGUGAAGUCCGAGAAGUAGAUGAAGAAUAAAAUACAAUACAAUAUAAUAUAAUAAAUAAAUAAAUAAAAACUUGUAUUCCUCG